AUGGAAGCUGGAACGGGUAAUGGAUCUUUAACUCUUUAUUUGGCGAGAUCUUUAUAUCCCACUGGUCAUUUACAUUCCAUAGAUAUCAAUCGUGAUGCCAGUGUUAAGGCCCGUAAAAAUGUUACGCGUUUUUCACGUGGAAUAUAUUCCGAUUGCAUAUCGUUCAGCAUAGGUCAAUGUUCAAAAGUACUUGAUUCUAUGGACAUUACCCUUUCAAUGUAUGAUGGUGUAGCAUUAGAUAUGCCUGAGCCGUGGAAUGAACUACCUUCGAUCGUUCCACGAGUGAAAAUUGAUAGAUAUAUCGUGUGCUAUUUACCAAAUAUGACUCAAGUAUUGGAAUUAAUAAAACAAAUCAAAUAUCAUAAAAUCGCAUUAGCAACUGAACAAAUUCUAGAAAUACAAUGGAGACCAUGGGAUGUUAGGGCUACAGUUAUAAGAGACAAAAUGGAUGAUGAAAGUUUUUCGGUUAAACAAUUAACUCUAAAUGAUGAGAUACCUGAUCAAGCUUUAGGGCAUAUUUGUCGACCUUCACAUGAACCCACUGGACAUACUGCAUUUUUAAUACAGUUGAAAAAAAUUGUUCAUACAUAA